GUUUGGCCCCUUGGAUCAACGUCUGCGAUUGCCUCCCAUCAAUGGCGUUACUGGAGCCAGGAGCGCGCAGGACAUGCUGCUGUCGCUGAGCAGCAUGAAGACCAAGCCUGCGAAGAGAAAGGAUGCUGAGAUGGCUUGGCGAGUCACAGCGGAGCAGGUCAUGCAGGAUCCCGACGACGUGGAAGAGGAUGAUUACCGCAUGCUGUUCGAGCAAAUGGAAC